AUGCGGUCAUCUUCUCUCGCCAUCGCUCUCACCUCUAUCUUCGUCACUGUCAUGGCGGCCUUCCCCAACCGCAUCGACACGCACGUCCACAUCAUCCCGCCCGCAUACAAGGCGGCGAUUGAGAAGUACGGUGACCCUUCCGGCUGGAUCCUGCCUUCGUGGAACGUCUCGGGCGCCAUCGAUGCCGCCGACUCUCUCGGUGUCCGCGUCCAAGUCGUGUCCGUCACUGCGCCGGGACCCGGAAUCGCUGGCACGGGCGAGGAAGGCCGCCAGCUCGCGCGAGCAUGCAAUGACGAGGUGGCUGCAAUCGCCCACGAGAAGCCUGGUCGGUUCGCGUUCUUUGGAUCCCUCCCAGACUGGAAUGACGUGAAUGGAACUCUGGCCGAGAUUGACUACGUCCUCGGUACGCUCAAGGCGCCGGGCAUCAUUGCCAUGACGACAUACGGCGAUACACUGCUUGGUGACGCCAAGUUCAAGCCAAUCUGGGCCAAGCUCGACUCAUACGCCGCGAUUGUCUUUGUGCAUCCCGGUGCCGUCUCAAUCUCUCCAAAGCUCAUCGCAGGCACCUUGCCCCAGCCCAUUGUCGACUACCCACAAGCCACGACGCGCACGGCCGUCGACCUCAUUCUCACUCGCACGUUCACCGCGGACAGCAAGUUCAAGGUCAUUCUCAGUCACGCAGGUGGCACCACUCCCUGGCUCGCAGACCGCAUCUCGGUAGGGUCUAUGGCCGCGGGGGCCAACCUCAUGCCCCCGGCUGAUGUCCUGGCCACACUCAAGCUCUUCUACUUUGACGUGGCGUUGUCCACGACCGCGACGUCGCUGUACGGUCUGCUCCAGAUCACUACGCCGGACAAGAUUCUGUACGGGUCCGACUUCCCCUAUGCUAUGCUGUCUGAGGGGCAGCGGCAGACGGCGAGGCUGGACGAGAACCUCAAGAUGGGCGAGUUCAAGAAGCUCUCGUGUCUCAACAACAAGAAUGCCGAGACCCUGUUUGGAGGAGUGGACAGCAUGCUCACAAAGAUGGGGAUCAAUGCCACCAAGGGCAAGGGGAAGCUGUGA